AUGAGUCGCACGGAGACUGAUUUGGCGAUUAACAUUCGCAAAGCCACGAGCAUCGAGGAAACCGCCCCGAAACGGAAACAUGUUCGGAGCUGCAUCGUGUACACAUGGGAUCAUAAAUCAUCCAGCGCCUUCUGGGCUGGCAUGAAAGUUCAACCUGUCCUUGCCGACGAAGUCCAGACGUUCAAGGCGCUCAUCACGAUACAUAAGGUGCUACAAGAAGGUCACCCCAUCGUGGUCCGUGAAGCACAGCAGCAUGUCAAUUGGGUCGAUAGUCUGAUGCGCGGUGUAGGGGGAGAUGGUAUCCGAGGAUACGGCCCCCUCAUUCGCGAGUACGUCUUCUAUCUCGAGUCGAAGCUGGCAUUUCACCGCAACCAUCCGGAAUUCAACGGCCUGUUCGAAUAUGAAGAGUAUAUCAGUUUGAAGACAACCAAUGACCCCAAUGAAGGGUAUGAGGCAAUCACCGAUCUCAUGACACUGCAAGAUCAGAUCGAUGCUUUCCAGAAGUUGAUCUUCUCUCAUUUCCAAUCCGGCACCAACAAUGAAUGUCGCAUCUCUGCGCUGGUCCCUCUGGUGCAGGAGAGCUACGGCAUCUACAAGUUCAUCACCAGCAUGUUGAGGGCUAUGCACACAACAACUGGCGAUACGGAAGCACUUGAACCUCUCCGCGGCCGAUAUGACGCACAGCACUACCGCCUCGUCCGUUUCUACUACGAAUGUUCGAACCUGCGGUAUCUCACUAGUCUGAUCACCGUCCCCAAGCUGCCACAGGACCCGCCCAACUUGCUGUCGGAAGACGACGAACGUCCAGCUCUGCCGAAGCGACCCGUCAAGGAACCCGAGCCCCAGCCGUCUCCGCCGCCCAAGAUGACUGCAGCAGAGCCGGAGCCCAUCAGCGAUUUCUGGACCACCGAAGCCAAGCGUCAGCAAGAAGAAUAUGAAGCCGAGCAACGCCGCUUGCAGCAGCAAUGGGAGGAUCAGCAGCGGCAACAACUUCUCGCGCAGCAGCAGGCUCAGCGCGACUUCGAGGAACAACAGCGCCUCCAGGCCGAGCAGCAGCGCCUCGCUCAGGAACAGCUUUUGCGCGAUCAGUACCAGACACAGACCCAAGGCCGUUUGGCCGAGCUUGAACAGGAGAAUCUGAAUGCCCGCGCCCAGUACGAGCGUGACCAGCUGAUGCUGCAACAGUAUGACCGUCGAGUCAAGGACCUGGAGGAACAAAUGAACCACUUGAACUCCAACCUCAACCUGCAGAAUGCUUCGAAGGAUGAGCAGAUCCGGGCGUUGCAGGAGCAGGUUAACACGUGGCGGUCCAAGUAUGAAGCCUUGGCCAAGCUUUACUCUCAACUCCGCCAGGAGCACCUCGACCUGUUGCAGACGACGAAGAGUCUUAAGCUGAAGGCAGCAUCGGCACAGGAGGCUAUUGAGCGCCGUGAGAAGCUUGAGCGUGAGCUCAAGACCAAGAACCUUGAGCUGGCCGACAUGAUUCGCGAGCGAGACCGCGCACUGCACGACAGAGACCGUCUGACCGGCAACAACAAAGAAGAGCUGGAGAAGGUCAAGCGGGAACUGCGCUUCGCCCUCGAGCGAGCUGAGAAUGCGGAACGCUCCAAGGGCACGGAAAUCUCGACACUGUUGUCGAAAUACAACAGAGAAAUGGCGGACUUGGAAGAGGCUCUCCGGGUAAUCUCCAACAAGACCUCGGAGCGCGCAGGCGACCACGAUCUUGCCCUACGCGAAAAGGACGAGGAGAUCGAAGUGUACAAGUGGCGCAAACAGAGUCAAGGUGAUGUCGACAACGCGCUGGACUCGCAGAUUGACACCGUUCUGCACGGCACCGUCUCUAAGAUUAACGAUAUCAUCGAUUCGGUUCUCCAGACGGGUGUCCAGCGUGUGGAUGAUGCUCUGUAUGAGCUGGACUCCUCCAUGCAGGCUGGAAACCAGAACGCCUCUCCGCCGUAUGUGCUUUCGCAGAUCGAGAAGGCUUCGGCCUCGGCUACCGAGUUUUCUACGGCCUUCAACAACUUCAUUGCGGACGGGCCCAACAGCACGCAUGCGGAAAUUAUCCGGACUGUAUCCAUCUUCUCUGGCUCCGUGGCCGACGUGCUGAGCAACACCAAGGGAUUAACGCGGUUCGCCAACGACGACAAGAGUGCGGAUCAGCUGGUCAACGCAGCCCGCAAAUCCGCCCAGGCGACCGUGCGGUUCUUCCGAGGCUUGCAGUCUUUCCGUCUCGAGGGACUAGAGGCGCUGCAAAAGACAGAUGUCGUGAUCAACAACAACCUCGAAGUGCAGAGGGACUUGCAGACCCUCUCGAAGCUGGUUGAUGCGUUUGCGCCGAAGAGUGCCAAGAUUGCCACCAAUGGCGAUCUGGGCGACUUGGUAGACCAAGAACUCACCAGGGCGGCGGAUGCUAUUGAUGCUGCAGCCCAGCGACUGGCUAAGCUCAAGAACAAGCCUCGUGAUGGCUUCAGCACCUAUGAGCUCCGCAUCAACGAUGUCAUCCUGGCGGCUGCUAUUGCAGUGACCAACGCCAUCGCCGAACUCAUCAAGGCGGCCACUGCGUCACAGCAAGAGAUUGUCCGGGAGGGCCGCGAACAACCGCUGGGACUGAGGGGGCUGAUUUCGGCCGCCAAGGCGGUCGCCAGCUCGACCAACACCUUGAUUGAGACCGCCGAUGGUGUCAUUUCGGGUCGCAACUCCCCUGAGCAAUUGAUCGUCGCUAGUAACGAUGUGGCGGCCAGUACGGCGCAGCUGGUGGCAGCCAGUCGUGUCAAGGCCACUUUCAUGAGCAAGUCGCAGGAUCGCCUUGAGACAGCUAGCAAGGCUGUUGGUGCGGCCUGCCGAGCUCUGGUGCGCCAGGUGCAGGAUAUCAUCAAAGAGAAGAACCAUGAUGAUUCCGAAGCGGUGGAUUACACGAAGCUCAGCUCCCACGAGUUUAAGGUGCGGGAGAUGGAGCAGCAGGUCGAGAUCCUCCAACUGGAGAACAGCCUCUCUCGGGCUCGUCAACGCCUGGGAGAGAUGCGGAAGAUUUCUUACCAGGAGGACUAA